UCACUCGGCUCCUCCCAAUUUCAGUUGCGUCCUGUCUCCGCCCUGCCCGGCUGUGAAUGUGACCGGCAGAGGCUCGCCCGCUCCCCACCUCCUCCACAGCUCCGUCCUCCCCUCCUCCUGUUACCCGGCAUCGCUUCGUCACCGCUGGCCUCGUUUUUCAAACAAAAACAGCCCGCAGAGGGGAGAGAGCGGGAGAGGCCGGGGGCAGCGCAGUGCAGGGGGCAAUGAGCAUGGCAUCCAGCUUCGGCAAGAUCCAGAUAGGAAUCCAUGUGGAGAUCAAGAGGAGCGAUGGUCGAAUACACCAAGCUAUGGUAACAUCCCUAAAUGAGGACAGUGAAAGUAUUACAGUGGAAUGGAUUGAAAAUGGAGACACAAAAGGAAAGGAGAUUGACUUGGAAAGUAUAUUUGCACUUAACCCUGAUUUUGCUCCAGAUGAAGAGAUUGAGCCCAGCCUUGAAUUACCACCUCCACCUACGCCUACAACAAAAGUUAACAAAAUUGUCAAGAAUCGACGUACCGUAGCUCCAGUGAACAAGGAAACUCCUGCAAAGGACAAUAGAGCAGUCAGUUCAGCCCGGGCACGGCCAAGCCAGCCAGUAGAACAACCGGCCUCCGCACAGCAGAAUGGUAGUGUUUCAGAUAUAUCUCCAGAUCAACCUGGAAAAAAGGACUUUGGCCCUCCUUCCAGGAGAAAAUCCAACUGUGUCAAAGAAGUGGAGAAGUUACAGGAGAAGAGAGAGAGGAGGCGGUUACAGCAACAAGAGCUCAGAGAGAAGAGGGCGCAGGAUAUUGAUGCCACAUACCCAAACUAUGAAAUAAUGUGUAUGAUAAAAGAUUUUAGAGGAAGUUUGGAUUACCGACCUUUAACGACAGCUGAUACUAUUGAUGAGCACAGGAUAUGUGUCUGUGUAAGGAAACGUCCACUAAAUAAGAAAGAGAACACAAUGAAAGACCUAGAUGUCAUUACAAUUCCUAGUAAAGAUGUAGUAAUGGUGCACGAGCCCAAACAGAAGGUGGAUCUCACAAGAUAUCUAGAAAACCAAACUUUUCGCUUUGACUAUGCCUUUGAUGAAACGACACCCAAUGAAAUGGUCUACCGGUUUACUGCAAGACCUCUGGUAGAAACUAUCUUCGAAAGGGGAAUGGCCACUUGCUUUGCUUAUGGGCAAACUGGAAGCGGUAAAACCCAUACCAUGGGGGGCGAUUUUUCUGGAAAGAAUCAAGACUGUUCAAAAGGAAUAUAUGCACUUGCAGCGCGAGAUGUAUUCCAAAUGCUGAAGAAACCAAAUUAUAAAAAACUAGAACUUCAAGUGUUCGCUACAUUUUUUGAAAUCUACAGUGGUAAGGUGUUCGAUUUGUUGAAUCGGAAAACCAAAUUGCGAGUUUUAGAGGACGGCAAGCAGCAAGUGCAGGUCGUUGGGCUGCAGGAACGGGAGGUGAAAUGUGUGGAAGACGUCCUGAAACUGAUUGAGAUUGGCAACAGCUGCAGAACGUCUGGUCAGACCUCAGCCAAUGCACACUCUUCUCGAAGUCAUGCCGUGUUCCAAAUAAUCUUACGAAAGAAAGGAAAGCUCCACGGUAAAUUCUCUCUAAUUGACUUGGCCGGAAAUGAAAGGGGAGCAGACACAUCAAGUGCAGACCGACAAACGCGGCUUGAAGGGGCCGAGAUAAACAAAAGUUUAUUAGCUCUAAAGGAGUGCAUUCGUGCUCUUGGGAGGAAUAAGCCACAUACCCCAUUUAGAGCCAGCAAACUGACCCAAGUUCUUCGGGACUCGUUUAUCGGUGAAAACUCUCGCACAUGCAUGAUUGCUACAAUUUCUCCUGGUAUGGCAUCCUGUGAAAAUACUUUAAACACUUUAAGAUACGCCAACAGAGUAAAGGAAUUUGGGAUUAGUCCGUCGGAUAUUCCCUUCUCUCAGGGUAGCGGAAGUCGCUCUGAUCUCUCUCCUUCCUAUGAGUAUGACGACUUCUCUCCUACGCUCACCAGAGUCAAAGAGCUGACUGUUGAUCCAAAUGGUGUUGGGGAUCUGCGCCCCAUGUUACAUCAUGCUCAGAAUCAGCUGGAUGACCUGGAAUCGCUGUGGGGAGUGGGCAGCUCUCCUCAGAGGGAUGACCUCAAACUUCUAUGUGAACAAAAUGAAGAAGAGGUGUCUCCGCAGCUCUUCACAUUUCAUGAAGCCGUGUCACAGAUGGUGGAGAUGGAGGAACAGGUAGUAGAAGAUCACCGAGCUGUGUUUCAGGAAUCUAUCCGGUGGCUGGAAGAUGAGAAGGCUCUGCUAGAGAUGGCGGAGGAGGUGGACUAUGAUGUGGAUUCAUACGCUACACAGCUGGAAGCAAUCCUUGAGCAGAAGAUUGACAUUCUGAUUGAAUUAAGAGAUAAAGUGAAGUCAUUCCGAACUGCUUUACAAGAGGAGGAGCACGCCAGCAAACAAAUCAACCCCAAGAGGCCCCGAGCCCUCUAAAGAAAGGUUUUAAUGAAGGAUCACCUUAAGAAGUUUCUACUGUAAAAUAACCUUAUUCUCAAACUGUGGCUGUAUGAACCCAAUUACUUGAAACAUUAAGUACACUUUUAUACUGUCAGUGGAAAUGUCCUCCUCUGUCACUUGAAUGGAAUCCUGUUUUGGGCUGACCACUACAUUGACUUCUAGACAAGCGUCAAUCCCAGACAGCACAAACCUAUCAGUAGGGACCGCGAGGCACUUUGUCCAGAAUCCUCCUCCAUUUAUUCAUGUCUUAUUUCUCAACGUCUGUCUGUCUGUCUUUUUGUUUCAUAUUUUUUUUAAUAAAUCUGUUUAAUACUGUGUACUAGAGGGUAUACCCCAUUAUUUUAAUAUUUGAUUUCUUACGGGAUUUCAUCAUUCUGCAGAAAGCGACAGUGCGGUUUUAAACUACUUGCAUGCCUGCAUCUCAUCCGUGAUUGUACAGAUAGCGCUAUUACAUGGAUUCGCUGUGCACACUUCCUGCGUGCCUUUUAUGAAGGCCAUAC